UCAUAACAUUUCUUUGGUUUCCCCCAGAGGCAAUACUCAAUUUAACAGUUUUUCAUAAGGUAUCAUGAGAAUAGAAGAAGUAAAGAGCACCACCCGGAACCAGAGGGUGAGUGCACACUCUCAUGUGCGAGGGCUCGGCUUGAAAGAGGAUGGCACGGCCUUACCAUCUGCUGCUGGCUUGGUUGGCCAAUGUCAAGCUAGAGAGGCUGCUGGAUAUAUUGUAGACUUGAUCCGAUCCAAAAAAAUGUCUGGUCGAGCUGUGUUGUUUGCUGGGCCUCCUGGAACGGGCAAGACAGCCAUUGCCAUGGCCAUUGCUCAGGAGCUGGGGACUAAAGUGCCGUUCUGCCCCAUGGUAGGGUCAGAAGUUUACAGUUCAGAAGUGAAGAAGACUGAAGUUUUAAUGGAGAACUUUCGCCGUGCCAUUGGCUUGCGGAUCAGAGAAGUGAAAGAAGUGUAUGAAGGAGAGGUUAUUGAGCUCACACCUGUGCACACUGAGAAUCCAAUGGGAGGUUAUGGGAAAACCAUCAGUGAAGUUAUCAUUGGAUUAAAAACUGCUAAAGGUACUAAACAACUUAAAUUAGACCCAAGCAUUUAUGAGACACUGCAGAGGGAGCGUGUGGAGACUGGAGACGUCAUAUAUAUAGAAGCAAACUCUGGUGCCGUCAAGCGACAAGGCCGCAGUGAUGCUUAUGCUACUGAAUUUGAUCUUGAGGCGGAAGAGUAUGUGGCGCUGCCCAAAGGUGAUGUACACAAGAAGAAGGAAGUUAUUCAGGACGUAAGCCUCCAUGAUUUGGACAUUGCUAAUGCACAGCCUCAAGGUGGUCAGGGUGCCCUCAGCAUGAUGGCUCAGCUUAUGAAACCCCGUAAAACUGAAAUUACAGAAAAACUUCGUCUGGAAAUCAAUAAGGUUGUUGACAAGUAUUUGGAGCAAGGCACUGCAGAACUAGUGCCUGGUGUUCUAUUUAUUGACGAAGUUCACAUGCUGGACAUGGAGUGCUUCACUUACCUGCACCGAGCACUCGAGAGCAGGAUAGCUCCUAUAGUUGUGCUCGCUACCAACAGAGGAAGAUGCAUUAUUAGAGGGACAACGGACAUCGUGUCUUCCCAUGGCAUACCACGAGACUUGCUCGAUAGGCUACUGAUGGUGCGUAUGAAGCCCUACAGCAGCGCUGAGGUCAUGGAAAUCAUCCGCAUUCGCGCCGCUACGGAAGGCAUCACAAUCGAUGACCAAGCCCUUAGUAAUCUCAGCGAGAUUGCAGAGAACACCUCCCUCAGGUAUGCGGUACGAUUGUUGACGCCCUCAGCUGUGCUAGGGCGACAAGCAGGCCGCUCUUCUGUCGCUGCCGAAGACGUCGCUACUGCGGCUGAUCUCUUCAUGGAUGCCAAGAGUUCUGCACAAGUCUUGGCUGAAAAUUCCACGAAAUAUAUGAAGUAAUAGGAAAUCCUGGUGGUUGUUGCGUAAAUUCUGUAUCGGAAAAGCAUUCAUUCAAUUUUUCUGGAACAAAAUGAGAUUUAUUGUGCUUGGUAGUAUCAUUGAAUUAAAACUGAUGGUUUAUAGACUUAUAGUUCAUUUUUUUCGUAAACAUUUGAGACAUAAACAGAGUUUUCUGUUGGUGAGGAAGCUUGUCGUCAAUUUUUUAAAAAUUGUUGUUUCUAAAUGGAACCUUAGACAAGUAAUAUACAGUUUUCAAAAAAUUGUACUUUCAAAGCCUUUUUAGCGCAUUUUCUC